AUGGUCUCAUGCUGCUCCUCACCACCAGGCCCCUCUCUCUCCCCCUCCUCCCCCCUCCUCACCACCAGGCCCCUCUCUCUCCCCCUCCUCCCCCCUCCUCACCCCCAGGCCCCUCUCUCUCCCCCUCCUCCCCCUCCUCACCCCCAGGCCCCUCUCUCUCCCCCUCCUCCCCCCUCCUCACCCCCAGGCCCCUCUCUCUGCCCUCCUCCCCCCCUCCUCACCCCCAGGCCCCUCUCUCUGCCCCUCCUCACCCCUCCUCAGCCCCAGGCCCCUCUCUCUGCCCCUCCUCCCCCCUCCUCACCCCCAGGCCCCUCUCUCUGCCCCUCCUCCCCCCUCCUCACCCCCAGGCCCCUCUCUCUGCCCCUCCUCCCCCCUCCUCAUCCCCAGGCCCCUCUCUCUCCCCCUCCUCCUCCCUCUCCCCCCCUCCUCACCCCCAGGGCCCUCUCUCUGCCCCUCCUCACCCCUCUCCCCCCCUCCUCACCCCCAGGCCCCUCUCUCUCCCCCCUCCUCCCCCUCUCCCCCCCCUCCUCAUCCCCAGGCCCCUCUCUCUCCCCCUCCUCCCCCCUCUCCCCCCCUCCUCAGCCCCAGGCCCCUCUCUCUGCCCCUCCUCCCCCCUCCUCACCCCCAGGCCCCUCUCUCUCCCCCUCCUCCUCCCUCUCCCCCCCUCCUCACCCCCAGGCCCCUCUCUCUGCCCCUCCUCCCCCCUCCUCACCACCAGGCCCCUCUCUCUCCCCCUCCUCCCCCCUCUCCCCCCCUCCUCAGCCCCAGGCCCCUCUCUCUGCCCCUCCUCACCCCCAGGCCCCUCUCUCUGCCCCUCCUCACCCCUCUCCCCCCCUCCUCACCCCCAGGCCCCUCUCUCUCCCCCUCCUCCCCCCUCUCCCCCCCUCCUCAUCCCCAGGCCCCUCUCUCUGCCCCUCCUCCCCCCUCCUCACCACCAGGCCCCUCUCUCUCCCCCUCCUCCCCCCUCUCCCCCCCUCCUCAGCCCCAGGCCCCUCUCUCUGCCCCUCCUCACCCCCCAGGGCUCUCUCUCUCCCCCUCCUCCCCCCUCUCCCCCCCUCCUCACCCCCAGGCCCUCUUUCUGCCCCUCCUCCCCCCUCCUCACCCCCAGGGCUCUCUCUCUCCCCCUCCUCCCCCCUCUCCCCCCCUCCUCACCCCCAGGUCCCUCUCUCUGCCCCUCCUCACCCCCAGGCCCCUCUCUCUGCCUCUCCUCCCCCCUCCUCACCCCCAGGCCCCUCUCUCUGCCCCUCCUCACCCCUCUCCCCCCUCCUCAUCCCAGGCCCCUCUCUCUGCCCCUCCUCACCCCCAGGCCCCUCUCUCUGCCUCUCCUCCCCCCUCCUCACCCCCAGGCCCCUCUCUCUGCCUCUCCUCCCCCCUCCUCCCCCCUCCUCACCCCCAGGCCCCUCUCUCUGCCUCUCCUCCCCCCUCCUCACCCCCAGGCCCCUCUCUCUGCCUCUCCUCCCCCCUCCUCCCCCCUCCUCACCCCCAGGCCCCUCUCUCUGCCUCUCCUCCCCCCUCCUCCCCCCUCCUCACCCCCAGGCCCCUCUCUCUGCCUCUCCUCCCCCCUCCUCACCCCCAGGGCUCCCUCUCUCUGCCCCUCCUCCCCCCUCCUCACCCCCAGGCCCCUCUCUCUGCCUCUCCUCCCCCCUCCUCACCCCCAGGUCCCUCUCUCUGCCCCUCCUCACCCCCAGGCCCCUCUCUCUCCCCCUCCUCCCCCCUCCUCACCCCCAGGCCCCUCUCUCCCCCCCCCCUCCCCCCUCAGCCCCCGUGUCUCUGGUCUUGAAAUAG